CAGCAGACGUCCCCCCCCUCUACUUUCUCCUCUCUCUCCUCCACACAUGGAACCUUAAAAAGAGAGAACGACGCUGGAGGCGCUCAGUCCCAGAUGCGACACAUCCACCCAACAUCCUAACAUCAUCAUCUUUUUUUGAAAACUGAAGAGUUUCAAACUACAUCAACCAUGAGCAGAACACUGCUAUUGCUCCUGUCUGCUCUCUGCUACUCCCUAGCGGACAAUGUAGAGCUGUUCCGUUCCAAGAGAGGAACUCGUUUUUACCGAGGUGAGCCUAAGCGGCAGCCAGCUAGACGGACAGUUUUCAUUGUUCAUGUCCAGAAGCCUUCACCUUCCUUUGACACAUCCUCACGUUGUGUGGAUAGUGAGACGUCAGCCGUGCGUAAUUUUGGGGACACUUGGCUGCGAUGGAGGGGACAGCGUGUGGAGUAUUGCCAUUGUGGUUUAAGAGGACGAGAACUUUGUCACAUUGUGCCUGUCAUCAACUGCUACAUGUCUCAUUGUUACAACGGAGGGACGUGCAAGGAGGCCGUGUACUCGUCAGACUACAUCUGUCAGUGCCCACCAGGCUUCAGUGGCAAUCAGUGUGAGAUCAACAAUAGAGAGAACUGUGUUGCUGGGCGAGGAGAAGGGUACCGUGGCACUUGGAGUAUCAGCAAGUCAGGAUCAGGGUGUAUCAACUGGAACGCCACAUCCCUGAGAGGGAAGAAGUUCACUGCCAGAAAAGUGGAUGCCAGCAGUCUUGGACUUGGCAAUCACAACUACUGCAGGAACCCUGACAAUGACAGCGCCCCCUGGUGUUAUACAUAUAAAGGCCCUCAAAUUGCCUGGGAGUUCUGUUCUGUGCCCAAAUGUCCAGAAGAUAAGUACGAAGAGUGCAUGAGGGGCAUUGGUCUGACCUACAGAGGCACAGCAUCCCUCACUAAAAGUGGCUCCCACUGCCUCCCGUGGGACUCUCCAGCUAUCAUGCACAAGUACAACAAUGCUUGGAGGUCCGACGCCCUCGAAGUGGGGCUUGGAAGCCACAGCUACUGCAGGAAUCCUAAUGGUGAUGAAGGUCCAUGGUGUUACACCUACAAGAACAUUCAGCUAACCUGGGAGCUCUGUGAUAUACCCAAAUGUUUAAGUCGCCCACCCACAAUCAACCCUCUGGGACCUCGAGCCCCCACAACCAACAAUGACAACAGAGCGACGUGUGGCCAGCGUUCAGACAAUACCCUCACCCAGCCUGCCUUCCGUAUGUUCGGGGGCCGAGAGAGCGACAUCACGGAGCAGCCCUGGCAGGCUGGCAUUAACGUUUACCAGCCUCGCGCACGUCAGUACUUCCACCUCUGCGGAGGGGUGCUGAUCGAGUCCUGCUGGGUCCUGUCGGCUGCACACUGCUUUGAGACAACGCAUAAACCCUCAAAGUUGGAGGUGAUUCUGGGCAGGACAUUCCGCAAACAGAAUUCAAGCAGUGAGCAGAUUUUUAAAGUUGAAAAGUACUGGGUCCAUGAGAAAUUUGACAGUGAGACAUUGGAUAAUGACAUAGCUCUGUUGAAGCUGAAGUCAGACAUUGGUGUCUGUGCCGUAAACUCUCCAGAGGUUCUUCCUGCGUGUCUUCCUGAUGCUGGCCUGGUGCUUCCUGACUGGACCGAGUGUGAGAUCUCAGGCUAUGGAAAAGACACAGAGUUUUCUCCUUAUUACUCUGAGCGCGUCAAGAGAGGUUUUGUUCGCCUGUGGCCCAGAGAACGCUGCAUCCCUGAUGUGCUGUCAGGGCGUACGGUGACUGCCAACAUGCUUUGUGCGGGCGACACCAGAGGACUGGAUGAUGCCUGCAAGGGAGACUCUGGCGGUCCACUUGUCUGCCGCAACAACAACAAGAUGACCCUCAUGGGUGUCAUCAGCUGGGGUGACGGCUGCGGCCAGAGAGAUAAGCCUGGCGUCUACACCCGCGUCACCCGCUACAUCGACUGGAUUCAAAGCAAAAUCAAGGCCAGCCCGGUCUGAGUGACAGAUGUAUGCUUACGAUGUGUCUAAAUCAAACUGGUGGAUGUUUGACAGCAGCGAAACCACUUUUUUAGAGGGCUGACGGGAACAAGAAGGUUGCGAGCGUUAACACAGACGCUCCAUGUUUUUCAUUGUGAAUGGACAGAAUAUGUCCUCCCUCUUGUUCAUCUGUGUUUGUCUUCAUGCACGGACAUGUUCAGUUGUCUUUUGUCACCCUCCAACAUCACCUCUGUGGGGGGUUUCUGAAGUUACAGAGGUUGACGACACUUACGGUAUAGACUUAUGCUUAAAUGAUCCAACUCCUAAAACUAAUCUGCUGGUUCAGAUUUAGCUAGUUUUCAGUUGACGAGAGACAGUUUAGUUUUGUCUUCUCUGUUUCUACACAACACUCCUCCAGACCCCUGGGUUGAACCCAGCAUGUACAACAGGCGUCAUGUAUUAUGUCUGUAAAUUGCCUUUUGUAUUUUAAUUAACGGCUUUUUUUGCUGCACAGCAUAUCUCUUAAAUAUGAAUAAUUUGUAUUUCCCAGGAAGGGUUUUAGAACUUUUUGUACUAAUUUAAUAUUUAUGUGUAUUUUAUAGAGAUUUACAUGUAUUGUAAAUAGUGUGUCAU